UUUACACGCACAAUACCAUCACCGUCGAGGUGCGCUGCCAGUGUCGCCACCACCACCCACCCCUCAACCACGGCGCUUCCUUCUGCGUUUCUCCGAUCCUACGCUCCCAUGGAACCAUCCGCGAAGGCCGAGCUCCGGCCCUUGGCCUUUUUCAAGCAGCUCGUCCAUUACCUGUCACUCGCCACGUCGCUGUGUCUGGUCCUGUUGGCCGUGCUUGGCUUCCAACAGCUCAGCCAGUCGAACGUGACCAACUUGGAGCAAGUGGAGUCGACGACAAGCGACGGAUGUCUCUUGUUUCUCGGCGUCACCUUUGGCGCGCUGCUGUUCCUAGGCGAGUUCAAGUGGGAAUUGUUCUUCUACUUCUUCGGGUUCUUGCGCUAUCGCCUCGGCCGAUCGAUCCUGUACGCCGUCUCUGGCAUCAUGACAAUCCUCAUGGGCCGGUCGCGGUCUUCGUGCACGGGAUGCAUCACGUACAGCCUGCUCCUCGCCGAAGGCGUCGGGCUCCUCGUGAUUGCCGUGUUUCAGCUGCUAUCCGUCGUUGUAUUUGGGAACAAUACGGCACCUCCACCGCAGCAACAUGACAAUAUCACAAAUCGCACCGAAAGCAGCUACUCCAAGACGGCACUGGUCCCGCUUACCCAACGAGAAAUCAACCUCAAAUCUGUUGUCAUUGCCGACAAAACAGCGGCGCCACCACCACCUCCGCCGUCGUCUCCAUUCGAAACAAACGCUAAAACGCAGGCCAAACCAUCGUCCCCCACUUCGCCUAAGAACCCCAACAUGCCGUCGUGGAUGCAAGCUUAAACAUUAACAUACACGUUAAAUCACACAAUGAAAUUGGUCCAUUUACUAUC